GUUGCUCCUUCUGUUCAUGGAGUUCCCCAGAAAGUCUUCCAAAGUUCGUUCACAUUUCGCUACCGUCAUCCCUUUCUCUGAUGCGUUUUCGUUUAUUUAUUCUCUCCCCGGCGACACUGCCACCUCUUCCAUGUAUUCCCUUUUCUCUCUCUCCUUUGUUUUGCUCUGUACUUCCUCCGCCUUACUGCAUGAAUUCUCUUCUCUUCGUCAUUUCCAGAAAGAACAACAAUGAAGAAGAAAGCUCUUCUAACACCACCCCGCAGGCUGUUCUGGUUCAGCUGGAAGCUUCUCGUCGCCUUCUCUCUUGCUCUUUGCAUUCUCGCUCUUAUUAGCCUUCAUUCCUCACCUUCUACAACCGACCUCGCCGCUGCUUCAUUAUCGCGUCGAUCGCGUCCUCCUUCUGAUUCGUUUUUGGGACGCCCUAAGAUCGCUUUCUUGUUUCUCACUCGUCGGAACCUUCCUCUUGAUUUUCUUUGGGGAAGCUUUUUCGAGAAUGGCGACGUUGCGAACUUCUCGAUUUAUAUUCAUUCGGCACCUGGAUUUGUGUUCGACGAAUCGACUACAAGGUCGCAUUUCUUUUUUGGACGGCAAUUGGAGAAUAGCAUACAGGUGGCCUGGGGAAAGUCGAGUAUGAUUGCUGCAGAGAGGUUAUUACUUGAAGCAGCUCUUGAAGAUCCAGCAAACCAGAGAUUCGUUCUUCUCUCGGACAGUUGCGUUCCACUAUACAACUUUAGCUAUAUAUACAGCUAUCUCAUAGCUUCUCCAAAGAGUUUCGUGGACAGUUUUCUUGAUGCAAAGGAGGGUCGCUAUAACCCAAAAAUGUCACCUGCUAUACCUAAGAGCAAAUGGAGGAAAGGUUCCCAGUGGAUCAGUUUGAUUCGUAGUCAUGCAGAAGUUGUUGUGGACGAUGAUAUCAUAUUCCCAAUCUUUGGAUUAUUCUGCAAGCGAAGGCCGCCUGUGGAUGCAAGCAAAGGAAAUAUGAACACUAAACUUCAAAAGCAGCACAACUGUAUUCCAGACGAACACUAUGUCCAGACACUGCUUGCUUUAAAUGAACUUGAAGGUGAACUUGAACGAAGAACAGUAACUUACACGCUAUGGAAUCAGUCAACCACUAAAAUGGAGAAUAAGGGAUGGCAUCCUAUUACAUUUACCUAUGCUAAUGCUGGACCUCGGCAGAUUAAGGAAAUAAAGGGAAUCGACCAUGUUUACUACGAGACAGAAUUCAGGACGGAAUGGUGUCGAAAUAACUCAACUUUUGUUCCUUGUUUUCUAUUUGCUAGAAAAUUUUCUCAAGGAGCUGCUAUGCGAUUAUUAAGCGAGGGAGUUGUAAGUCACUUUGAUGCCUCAGCACUAUUAGACAAAAAGAUCGACUAAAUUUAUAUACUGUCCAUCUCAGUUACCCAGUUAAAAUAUAAAAUAUUCUACAAAGCUUUUAACCAUAAAUGUUGUCCCUUAGGCCCGCAGGUUAAAUAUUCUUGGUGUUCAUAAGAAAAAUAUAUAAAUAGUUCAAUCACAUUCCACGGGCCCUAUACUUGGCGGCCUUCUAACUUAACACCGUUGGUCCCUGUUUUCAUUCAACACGGUCGGUUCCUCAAAUGAAAAAUGGAUCGUUCAAUGAAGUCACUCUGUUCAUAGAGGCUUUUGAUUACAAUACUUUUGAUUUUGAUGCUGAUGAUGUAAACUCGUACUCGUUUAUUUAUCAUUGUGGAUUCUUUGCUGA